AUGAGCGAGGACGCGUCCGAGGUCCCCAAAGAGCUAAUGGAGGGUGUGAGGGAUGCAGUUGGGAGGAAGGUGAAGCUGUCAAUGAGAAAAAGAGUCAAGCUGGAGAUCAAAGGAGACAAGACGGAGAACCGAGUGUUGGCUCUUGCGUCCCACCGAGUAUACCUCCUCACUGCACGUAUUCCCACCAAGGUUGAACACUGCUUUAACUACUUGGAGAUCCAGGGCAUUGCAUGUAACAAGCCAACGCAGCUGUUUAUAGAAUAUGAGCGGGGCGCCUUCUCAUUGAAGCUACUCUCCACUGAUGAGGUCAAUGAGGUGGUUGCUCAGAUAGGAUUCUGUCUCCUCAAAAUAUGUCCAGGUCUUCCACCUAGUAAAGUGAUGAGGAAGCUCAGCAUGGAUCCUGUAGACAGACUCACCUCGCUGCAGAUGUUGUGGGAAAACAACAAACCUGCUGACCCGGGACCAUGUGGUGGUUUUUCUCAGAUGUACAGGUGUGUUUGUGACUGGCUGUCACUCCCAUACAGAGAAGAAGUUCAAUGGGAUGUGGACACCAUCUAUUUGACGCAAGACACCAGAGAGCUUAACUUGCAGGACUUCAGCCAUUUAGAGAACAGAGACUUGGUGGCCAUAAUUGCAGUCCUGGAAUUCAACCAGUGGUUCACCAAGCUCGCCACUAAGGACUACAAGCUGUCUACAGAUGUUUGUGAGCAGAUCCUCAGAGUGGUGUCUCGCUCUAGUCGACUUGAGGAGUUGGUGCUGGAUAGCGCAGGGAUCAAAACUGAUUUUGCGCAGAAACUCGCUGCUGCCCUUUCACACAACCACAGCUCAGGACUUACCACCAUCAAUCUCGCCAACAACCCACUGGAGGACAGAGGUAUUUCCUCCCUUGGUGCUCAGUUCUGCAAACUUCGUAUUGGGCUCAAGCAUGUAAACUUCUCUAGAACUUCGAUGUCACCGAAAGGGGUGAACAGCCUUUGUCAGUCACUGAGUGCCAACCCUUCCAUCCCCAGCAGCCUCGUCCAUCUGGACCUCUCAGGGAACAUCCUCAGAGGAGAUGACAUGCAGCAUUUCUACAAUUUCCUGAGCCAGCCCAACCGACUGGUAACCCUUGAUCUUUCCAAUACGGACUGCUCACUGGACCAAGUUUGUUCCGCUCUCUUACGAGGCUCAGCCCAGCAUCUGUCUGUCCUCAAUGUAUCAAAGAGUGUCUUUCCUCACAGGAAAGGCAAAGAGGUACCACCAUCGUUCAAACACUUCUUCAGCAGCGCAAUGUCUCUCAGCUCCAUCAACGUGUCAGGAACAAAGCUGGCGCCAGAUGUCCUCAAAGCUCUCCUGCUUGGACUGGCUAGCAACCCUCAUGUGAAGGAUGUGUCUCUAGAUCUCAGCUGUUGUGAGCUUGGCCAUUGUUUGCGCUCUGGAGGGUCCCAGAUACUCGAAGGGUGUAUUGCUGAGAUCCCAAACAUCUCUAGUCUGGAUAUCUCUGACAAUAGCUUGGACUCUGAUUUGUCAACAUUGCUGAUAUGGUUGGCCAAAAACCGAUCCAUAAGGCACUUGUCUUUGGGCAAGAACUUCAACAACAUCAAAUCCAAAAACCUUGCCCCAGUGUUGGACAGCCUGGUUCACAUGAUCCAGGAGGAAGAAUCACCCCUCACCUCUUUAUCUUUAGCCGACUCCCGAUUGAAGAGCGAUCUCACUAUCGUUUUGAAUGCGCUCGGAAGCAACACGUCACUCACCAGGCUCGACAUCAGCGGUAAUGCAAUGGGCGAUAUGGGGGCCAAAAUGUUGGCAAAGGCGCUGCAGAUUAACUCUAAACUCAGGACAGUGAUCUGGGACAAAAACAAUACUGGUCCUCAGGGUCUACAGGAUGUAGCAACAGCUCUGGAGAAGAACUUCACUAUCCGCUUCAUGCCCAUCCCCAUCAUUGAUGCCUCUCAGGCUUUGAAAGCGAGCCCAGAGAAGACUGAGGACGCCUUGCUCAAGAUUGAAAACUAUCUGUACAGGAACCAUGAAACCAGGAAAUACCAGCAAGAGCAGGCCUAUCGGCUUCAACAGGGUAUUGUCACCACAACCACACAGCAGAUGAUGGACCGGAUAUGUGUGAAGGUGCAGGACCACCUCAACUCUCUAAGGAACUCAGAGACUGACGCUAUCCUUGAAGAUGUCAGAUCAGCUGAAAGCCUGAUCAAAGACGCUAGAAACUCAAAAACGCUCCUUCCGAAUCUCUACCACCUGGGCUCAGCCUCUCGAGAGGAGGUGCACCGUGCUUCAGUAGGACCCAUUCAGGAGAAAUUGGAGUCAAUGGCAGGCGAGGUGACAUCUGUCAUGGACCAACAGCUGCAGAGCCUGUUGGAGUCUAUGAUGGACACAGCAGAGUCUCUGUGUCCUCAUGUGAUGAAAAGGAGUAAUCUGCGCUCAGAUCUCAUAAAGGCCAGCGCAACCAAGAUGGUGGUCCCCAAGAGUUUUGUCACUAAAACACUCCUUGAGCAGUCUGGUAUUGACAUCAUCAACAAAAUUAGUGAGGUGAAGCUGAGUCUUGCCUCCUUCCUGUCCGAUCGUAUCGUUGACGAGAUAUUGGAAGCUCUCUCCACCUCACAACACACUUUGGCAGACCAUUUAGUGUGCAGAGGGCGCCCCUUGGUGCAGCAAGAGUCGGUAGACAUGGACAUUCACGAGGAGAGGAUUCCUAAACGGGCAUCCACUGAGAUUCUGGAAGGCGAGCGGUUGGACGAACUGGAGUCAUGCAUGACAUUUUGCUGCACCACUAUGACUCCAAAGACAAAGAGGAAAAGCAUUCACAGUAGAAUGUUGAGACCUGUGUCCCGUGCCUUUGAGAUGGAGUUUGACCUAGACAAGGCACUGGAGGACGUCCCAGUGCAUGUGGAGGAUACGCCGCCGCCAUCCCACACUCCAGCUCCUCAGCCCUUACCAAAAGGGGAGCAGCGUCUGCCAGGAGGGAUAUUAGCGCUUCCGUCCGAAGAGGAGAAAAAGCUACAACACUUCACGAAACUAAGACCCCGCCGAAACAAGAAAAUGCACUCCAGCAAAACACCGCAAAUGAGCAGCACUGCACCUCAGGACGGGGAGCAGAAUGGCCUCAUGGGGAGGGUGGACGAGGGGGUUGAUGAAUUUUUCUCCAAAAGAGUUACCAAGAUGGAUUCAAAACGUUCAAUGAAGAGCUCUGAAUCUCAUGAUGGUGAGAAGAAAAAGAGCAAAGGAGGCUUCCUCAACCUAAUCAAACGCUCUUCAAAAUCUGAUAAAUCAGAAAAGUUAGAGAAAAAUCAGGUAACGCCUUCAUCGCUGGCUACGUCUUCAGGAUCUUUAGUGUCAGUUUCCAGCAUUGCUGAGGAACCCUCCUCUCCAAAGGCAGCAGUAAAGAGUCCAGCACCAGAGCCAAAGUCCAGGGAUUCGUCCAGUCGCUCACAGCCUGGAGAUUACAGCAGUGGCUCAGAACGUUCAGAGGAGCUGAGGACGCCUGACUCCAUAGACGAACCUUGGGAGGGCUCAGACGGCCGAGGGAGUCCUCAAGGGGGGCGGCGGUACCCUGGCAUGCAGAUGAUGGGAGGCGGACUCCUAGCGGAGAUGAAAGCCAAGCAGGAGAGGAGAGCACAUAAGUCCUCCAGCCCUGACAGACCUGACAACAAUGGCACAGGUUCUCCAGAGAAGACCUCAGCUCGUGUUGAAACAAAGCCUGAUCCCGCUCCUCGUCCCCGUGCUCCGUCCUCCUCAGGCUCCACCGGGGUGCCUGUGAGUCCUAAACCAGCAAUGCCACUGGGAGCCAAACCUGCCCUGUCUUCCCGGCCCUCCCUGCCUCAGAAACCAAGGACCAACAGCAGUCGGAGCAUAGAAGAGUCCUCAGAUGCCCCCAAUGGAGGAAGGGUGUCUCCUAAAAUGAAUGCUCUCUCAUCGCUGAAGAAGAUCUUACCUGAGAAAGACAAGGAGGGCCAAAACAGUCUGCCGCUGGGAGCUUCUGCUAAUAAAACCACUCAGGAAGGGAGGAAAGCAUCCACGUCCGACCCAACUCAACGCUCCAGCCAUCAGCGCACCAACUCGGAUGACCACAGUCCCUUCAAGGCCAAAGGGUCGUCUCCGAAUCCAGAAAAAGAAAAAACGGGCAAAAAAGCUUCCAAUCCUGCGGAGGACUCUGACAAAGAAAUUAUUUUAAUAUGA